CAAAAUAUUGUUUAAAGAGCGUCUUAUGAGGAAAAAUAUUUUUUGGGUAAAAGAUUUUGAUCAACGACCAACCAUGUACAAGCUGUUGGUGAUGUUUCUUCUAUCGGCCUUGACCUACGCUGACCUCUUCUCCGACCUGGAUCAAGACGAAGAUGGCGGCAUAACCUACUACGAAUUCAGGGACUUUUCAAAGCCGUACGCCAAGGUUAUAUCCUACUCCCUGGGACUGGAAGAAUUCAAGACAAUGUUCAAUGAGAAGAAAGAUCCCAAGUCCUCAUUCCCAGCCGAGUCAACCUUUGAGAAACUGGACACCAAUAUGGACCUGGUUCUAGACUUGAAGGACCUCGAUGCGAUUUUUUAUGUCGUAGACAGAGACCACAACAGUAAAGUGGACGUACAGGAAUUCAAUGCAUUUACCUCAUACUUUAUUACGAAGGAAGAAACACCAAGUGAAGGCGGGAAAAAAGAGUCCAUAAGAAUCUGA